CAGUGAUCCAAGCGCUGGAACUCAAAACGAGUCCAGAGGGCGUCCGCGAUAUGCCGCAGCCACGCUAUGCCGCGAUGGCGCGAUGGCAGACUUAGUCGUUCCGUCGUUCCAAAGCACAACGAGGUCUUCUUGGCGAAUGACGACAGCUCCACAAGGCGAAUCUCUCCGUGUCGACAAAGCUCGCGGCGAAGCGCUCACCCAUUUAUUUAGCCAUUCGGGCAAAUGGAUAGACACCACUGCUUUCCAAGUUUGGCACUGCCGUUUGAAGUGCUCCAGCCACAAAGUCUUGCAGGAUAGUCUUGUCUCUUCUUUGUCGAUUGCGGACCGGCGAUGGACAGACAUGACAAUGGAGACAGCCUGUCGUGGCAUUACCUAG